UCUUUACCAAUUCUUUUGUACAUUCCUUUCUCUGCGUGCAUUAAUUGAGAGGUUGGGUACCCGCAUCUUCGACCCUUUUCGUGUUGUUAAUUAGAAUCUAGACAGUCGCUCUCUAUAUUCAAUUGGAGGUAAAGAUGGUUUUAUGACCGUCCGCAUCUAUUAUAUCGGCAUAAGUGGGCCGGAUGAGUGGGUGGUGUUGGUAAUUGUAUGCAAGUGAAAAGGAGAUCAAAAAAAAAAAAAAGAAUAAAAAAAAGGAAAAGAAAAUAAAAAGGAGGGAAUGAUGAUUAUUCAGGUUUCAGCAAUGGGGGUAGGGAAGGGAAUUGCGACAGGCCAUCAUGUCAAGGAGAAGAAGGCGGGCCCAGGUCAAGCAAAGGAGAGUCAGGUCAGCAGCAGCAGCAGCAAAAGAAGAAGCUUGGGCUUUGGUGGGAAAGGGAGGAAGGAGGACAAGUGGGGGUGCGCUCAGGGGUGUGGGGCUUGCUGCAAGCUUGACAAAGGCCCCUCUUUCGCUUCCCCUGAAGAGAUUUUUGAACAUCCCUCCGAUGUCCAGCCUGCGAUCUUGAAGACAUAUGCUCAUCUGAAGAAGAAUGAUUAGCCUCCUUGACAUUAUUAUAUCCCUCAAUCUAAUGUCCCAUAACCAGCUUUAUAGGAGUUUGGUAGGUCCUGAUGGAUGGUGCAUACACUAUGAGAAAACCACACGUACAUGCUCCAUUUACCCUGACAGACCAUAUUUUUGUCGAGUUGAACCAGAAAUAUUUCAAGACUUGUAUGGCAUUAACGAGAAGAGAUUCAACAAGGAAGCAUGCAGCUUUUGCAGGGAUACUAUCAAAGCAAUCUAUGGUGCACAUUCACAGGAGUUGGAUAAUUUCAAUUGUACUGUAAGGAAGUCAGAUGUUUAGAAGAUUCUGGUGAGCUGCUAAAAUCUCACCUUUCUGUAAGAAUGUUUUGAAUUAGGCGGAAGAUUAUUUGGUGUUGGUGGCAGAUUGGCUUGGCUAUUACCUUUGUAUAAUUGAUGGAGUUGUAUGACUAGAUAUAACUCGAGCCUUGACGUUCAAGCAGAACAUCCCCUGCAGAGCAUGGACCUCAAUAGUUUGUUAAUACCCUUCUAAAUUGAGCUGGCUAUGCAUUGUAUUUUUUGUUCUUGGA